UCAACAUCAUUAAAUCCCCCCCCCCCGACACACACACACACACACACACACUCGGAGAUUAAGCACGAGUGUCGCGUCUGCUCCUGUUUACAUAAACGAGUCCAGAUUGUUAGUCAGAGAGUAAAAAGCAGACAGAGCAGAUCUGACCUUACAGCAACAUGUCAGCCCGUUAGAGCACUUCACUCUCACUGUGGGCCUGUCUGAUUGUUGGGUUUCUCUGACUUUGCAGGAACGUCUCCUCACAGUGUGAAGUGAUCUGGUGCCGUAUAAAGAAAAGUGUAAGCGUCUCUUGAAGCCUGGAAUAAAAACAGGAGGCUGUAAAUGAACAGACUGAAGUUCAAAAGUCAAAAAUACAAAAACUGCUUAAAAAAACGAAACAAAACAAAAUGUGAAAGUUCAGGUUCUGAAAAGCGCGGAGUCCUGUUUUCAGUUUUAAGACAAACCACACCGGCCACGAAGGACGCCAGGCUGCCACCAGGGGGCGUCGUAAGACUAAACAGUCCUAUUGCAAUUAUCGUCUCAGCACAUGGAGGAACAGGUGGUUCAAAAGUGAAAGAAAACUGUGAAAAAGUCAAAGCAGACGCUGAAGCUGCCAAAACAGCUCUGUUAAAACUAACGCUACAAAGUGACAGCAUGAGGAAGCAGCGCAGCACUCAGGCAAAGGUUCACACAGCCCGUUAGUUCUGCAUUACUCAUUGCAACAGGCAGGAAACACACAUGACACAUUCAACGUCUCUCUGCAUCACACUCACACCACAGACUCACAGAGGGAGGGAGCAGAGGAGAGGAGGUGAACCACAGAAGGAGCAGAAGAGACGCUGAGAGUCUGCACACUGGACCGAUCGAGCUCCUUCAAAGAGAACAGACGAAGAACGAGACCAGAGAGGAGCAGGGAGGAGCAGGAAGACGUAAAGGAGAAGUUCAAACCUGAACUACAAAAGUCCGGCGUAAACACUACGCAGAAGAGAAAGAGCUGCGAAAAGCAAACAGACGAAGAGGAGCAGGAGGAGAACGUGGACAACCAGAGGGGGAGACCGUACCCUCACCCUUUAAGGAGCAGGGAGGAGGAUUAGACAUAUAAGGAGGCGAGACAGCAGGGACGCCAACAUCGACAAAGGUGGAGCAAAAAGAGGAGCGGAGAAAGACGAGGUGAGGAGAGGUGGAGCAGCGGUGUCGUCAUGGAGGAGGACAUCAGGAAGCAGGGGGUGCUGUACCUCCAGCAGCAGAGGUUUGGAAAGAAGUGGAAGCGGGUGUGGUGCGUCCUGUACAGAGAAAGCUCCUGCUCCAUCUCCAGGCUGGAGUUCUACGAGUGCAAAGAUGGAGGCAACGCCGAGAAGAAUGACAAAACCCUGCGCAAGCAGCAGGAGCACAAGAAGGUGAUCCGCCUGGCGGACUGUAUCCGGGUGACGGAGGUGGAGAUGGAGGGAUGUCCCAAAGACACCGGGUCCUUCCUGGUGGAGACCACGGAGAAGAUCUACGUGUUCGCCGCCGACAGGAACCAUCUGGAUGACUGGACACACAAGCUGUGUGAAAUCGCCUUCCCUAUGAGCUGGACGGAUACGGGCGUGAAGCGUGGCAGCCUGCAGAGAGGAACCAGGGUGGAAGAAGACGAAGGAAUGGAGGACAACUCGCUGUACAGCGGCCGAGAGACAGUGCGUGACUUCAGGGUGUCCAUUCGGAGGACGGAGGCAUCUGAACGCUGCAGGCUGAAGGGGGACGGCGUCCUGCGAGCUGACAUGGACGCUCUGCACCUGCUGGACAAGGGAGGAGACAUCGUGUACACCUGGCCGUACAGAUACCUGCGGCGCUUUGGACGUGACAAGUCCACUUUCUCCUUCGAGGCGGGUCGGCGCUGCGACUCCGGCGAAGGGAACUUUGAGUUCGACACCAAACAGGGGAACGUCCUUUUCCAGGCCGUGGAAGCCGCCAUCAACCUGCAGAAGGUCGCCCCUCCCCACAGACAGACCUCUGGGGGGGCCAGGCGAGUCCAGACACCACCCAGAGCUUCAGCUUGCCCCCCCACCGCACAACCUGCCACUGGCCCAGAGCAGGACGCUGCCUCAGCCCCGCAGCCAGAUGCCCCCAGCCGCUCAGGUGAGCCCACACCUCAGUUCCUGAAGCGUUCAGAGCUUGGGUACGACUCAGCCCGCUUCAAACGUCCCGCCUUCUCUCUGCAGGCAGCGGACGACGUGUACAGCAUGGUGAGCGAGCCGCCGAACCUCCAGAUGAUUCAUCACAUCGACAAAGAGAGCUGCAACGCCUCACAGCAACAGCAGCAGCGCCCCCAGAUGUGUCGCCUCGAACCUCCGGUGGAUAAAACUCUGACCGGAGUGAAGAGUUUGAACCUGGACUCUCGCCUCCCCGCCCCUCGAAAGAAUCAGGUCAAGAUGAUCUCCAGCUGCCCCCUGCCCAACGCCAGCCCCGACUCCAGCCCUAAUCUGAGCACCGGCCCCGCCCCCGGCUCGGUCCCCAACCCCCGCCUCAGCCCUAAGCCGAGCGCCAAGCCGGAGCAGACGUACUCGCAGAUCACCAUGUCGACCGAGAGAGGCACCAAGAGGGAGAAGAGGAACGCCAACGUGGCGGCGCCCUGCACCGACAGCGAGGCAGACUACUCGCUGCCCUUCGACACCAUCGCCAAGAAUGUCAUGACCGACAUCCUGAACUCUCACCGUACAGACAGCGGCCAUGCGGGCGCCGACCCGCUGUACGACAGCAUUGACGAGAUGAAGAUCAGGAACGUCUUCACGAGCGACAGUGACACCGUCAAGACGUUGGACCACAUCUAUGACGAGCCCGAAGGCUGCGCUGCCGCCGCCAAAGGACAGAAAUCCAACCCCUCCACCUCGGUGUACGAUGACCCUGAGGAGAUGAGAGGAGAUGCCUGGAGGAUUAUGGGUACAGCUGCUGACCCCAAAGGUCACGAGUACCCGUAUAACCCCCGAGUUGAUGACUACGCCGUGCCCAAACAAGCCCAGAGGGCGUUUCCGGUUACGCAAAGCAGCAACGAAGAAGCAGAAGAAGAAGUAGAAGAAGAAGAGGAAGAGGAGAGUGAGGAGCCUGGAUUAAGGGAGGAGCUUAGAGAGCAGCGCCAGGAUUCGCCGUACAACAACGUGAUGGUGAAAAUGGCGUAGAGGAGAACCGAGCAGCGAAGUUAGUUUUAAAGAAUUAUUUAUAAGUCGUAACUUUGAGUUUGUCUGAUCAUGUGACCGAUGUCUCCUUAAGGCACUUUGUAAAGUUUAACUGAGCUCAGUGGCAGCGAGAGCUAACCGGCGCUGUCGGCGCGACGCUGCCACCUGCUGGUUCGUACUCGCUUUCUUCAGUUUUAUCGCUUUUGCCUUGAAUAUGGGCGCUGCUGUGAUGGUGUUACUGGAAACGUAUCGUAUGUUCAUGUGUUGCAACACGUGCAGCUGUAUUACUGUGAGAACAAUAAACUCAAACUGUAGCAUCCAC